AUGGCAAAGCUUUCUUUGUAUGCAAGAAAAGGAGUGAUUUCUUUAAAAUCCGCCGAAAAUUCAAACAAAAAAAUACAAGAAGUUCUACUGGAGGAAGGAAUUAACACUUCAAUCACAGCAAUUUCGCUCUUUCUUUCGCGAUAUCGAAAGACUGGUCGCCUCAACGAUGCUCGUCGAAGUGGCCGAAAGCCGAAAUUAAGACAAGAACAUGUCGAUUACAUGGACGAAAAGAUGAAGGAAAAUGACGAAUUGACUUCACGGGAAUUGAAAGAAAAGGUUGCCAAAGAUUGCGACAUGGAUGUGUCAACAGCGACAAUUCGACGAGCAAGGCGAAAAUUAGGCUGGAAGAAAGAGAAUGCGAGGUAUUGCCAGUUCGUACGUGAACCCAACAAGAUGAAACGACUGGCUUUCUGUUUGAAGGCCUUACGUGAGAAGGAAAAGUUCGAAAACAUUAUCUUCACAGACGAAACCAGCGUGCAAAUCGAACAACAUGCUAGGAUUUGCUUUCGGAAAGAUGGAAGUCAACCAAAGCGCAAAGGCCGGCCAAAGCAUCCACUGAAGGUUCGUAUUUCGCUCAAUGUAAUGUUGGGUUCUUUGUCGUUUUCUAUAAACUACGUAUAAUGUAAACAAUACGAAAAAGAGUAUAGGUAGAAUAUAUUAUAUAAACUGAUAAACUUUUUAAAACGGACUGCAAAACAAAGAUGCUAAAUCCUGAAUAUAUAUAUAUCUAUAUAUAUUUGAAUAUGUCCAAAGUCAAAAUAGAUUUUUCUGCUCAUAUUAAUAUUUUGUUGGCAUCUCACUCAAUUUAAUGGUUGACAGUUUUGUAGAUUGAAAUGAUUGAGUGGAAAAAUGCUAUAUACAAUUAUUAGACAGGAAUCAAACCUGUGGCCCUGUGAUUCCGGUGUCACAGCGGAUUUGGACUCCCCGCGGAUAUGGACCCCCCGGUACAUAUCCGCUAGCGGAUUCGGACCCCUACGGUACAUAUCCGCUAGCUGAUAUGUACCCCCUUCCGCGGAAUUGGACCCCCUAAAAUUCACAGAAAGAAGAAAUUUUUCGAUUUAAGAAUUAAUUAUACGAGUAGUUGUGGACUAUCUAUGAUGAAAUUAUAGAUAAUAUACAUAUUCUCGAGAUCAAAAUAACCAGCUUCGCCUAAAAAUCUAACGAUACUAAAGUAAUCCCAAACUGGGAUCAAACAUUUACGAAAGGUUUGCACAAUAUUUAUUAGCUAAUAACAAUAUAAUAACAAAUUUAUUAACAAUAUCAUGUGAUUAGCAUGAAAGUCUCAACGUUCAUUUAAAGUUUCAAGCGUUUUGUGCUGGGUGAUGGAAGUUCACAUCCUCUGCAGAGUCACUCGCCUUCAGGUUCGUUCUCAGUACAUGUUCACAAAUCAUGUGAAACCAGUUGUCACACAAUUCACAUUGGUAGAGCAGAUAGCAAUUCCAAGGAGUAAAAUACUUGUGAAGGCUUCAUGCACUUCCCGCACAUUCCAAAAUCAUAGAAAUAAACCCAUGUUGCAGAAAAAUUAUAAAUCAUAAACUUUGACGGAAUUCUUUAAUCUAAAAAUCUAAGCUUUGAUGGAAUUUUUUAAUCUAAAAAUCUUCGUACUGUUUUUUACAAUACGAUACAAUGAUAAAAUACGCGAGGGGUCCAAAUUCGUGAGGGGGGUCCAAAUCCGCUAGCGAAUAAAGACCCCCAUAGGCCCAUAUUCGCUAGCGGAUAUGGACUCCCCGGUCCAUAUUCGCUAGCGGAUUUGGACCAGGGGGUCCAUUUUGAGAGGGGUCCAAAUCUGCUGGGACACCGGGGCAGCGCUCUAACCAACUGAGCUGAAAGAGGCCAGUUGCUGAGCUCUAGCCACAAUUUCACAAUUUCAUGUAAUAAACCUGGUUUACUUCAUAAGAUUUUAUUCACUACUCGUAUGACAAGCAAUGCUUGCCACACUCAUCAGGUGAAUUUAAAAUCAAUUUGUUGGCAUCUCACUCAAAUUAAUGGUUCAGGAAUUGAACCUGCGGAAAAGUUUCCCAAGAGAAGCCGAGGCAAAUUGUUUAACAUUUUGUUUUGUUUUUUAAAAGGUUCAUGUUUGGGGUGGAAUAUCAUGCAAAGGAGCAACUCAAGUUUGCAUCUUCACUGGAUGCAUGGAAAGCAUGGGGUAUCAAAAAAUACUACAGAGAAAUUUGCUGCCGUUCAUCAAAGAUAAUUAUCCUGAAGGCCACCGUAUGUGGCAAGACAAUGACCCCAAGCACACCAGCAAUUCAACCAAACAAUUUAUGAAGGACAACGGAAUUAACCAUUGGGUCACACCUCCUGAAUCUCCGGUUAGUUAUUUUAACUUAUUACUGACCACUCGAUUUUAUAUUAUUUCUAUAAUGCAAGAUGAUUUUACUUUUCAAAGAAAUUUUACUUUGUCUUCUUGAAAGUUUUGGGGCAUAAUAAUGCUGAAUAAUAACCCAAGGAUUUGAAACACACCCUCAGGUCCCCCCAACUUGUUGACAAAAUUUGAAAAAUCUUCAUGGAUAGUCUUUGAAAUUGAUGAAAUCUUGUUCGAAAACCUCCUCAACUGGAAAAUAAGUAGGUUAAAAACCUCAAAUUUAGGAUAUAAGUCAUAUAUUUGCUCAUUGGGCCCUGUACUCCCUUGGGUAAAUAUAUGACUUAUAUCUAGAGGUGCACCGGAUAGUGAUUUUUACUAUCCAGCUGAAUACCGGAUUUGCCGGAUAUCUGAAAAAAAUCCGGCCGGAUACUGGAUAUUUUAUCAAUUUGAAUACUUGACAUAUAAUAUAUAUUAUAAGGAUUUUUCUCAUCCAUGUAUUACUGCAGAAGAUAUUUUUUUAAAAUUUUUGAGUAAAUAAUCAAUUAUGGCUAUCUACAAAUUUGGUUUUAACUUUUUCCACCGUUCACAUGUUCCAAAUGUUUUUGAGCGAUGGGAUUUAGUAUGGCUUCUUGCGCCAAACGCUGUGAAUAGGUCAUUAGUUCAAUUAAUUAUAUCAGUGGCUAGCUUUUUCACAUAUCUUUUAAAAAAACCCGAUUUAAUUGAUUUUUAAAGGUUUUGCCACGUUAAUGGGUUAAUCCUCUUGUUCACAUGUAGUUAUUAUUUUAUAGGAUUUGAAUCCAAUUGAAAAUAUUUGGGCAAACCUCAAGCAUUACUUAAGAAAGUUAGCAAAGCCCAAAAAUAAGGAAGAGCUUAUCAAUGGAAUAAAGGCAUACUGGAGAGAACUGACCAAAGAGACAUGUCAAAAAUAUAUUAAACAUUUGUAUAAAGUUGUACCAGCGGUUAUUGCAUGCGAAGGUGGUCCUUCUGGUUAUUAA